AUGCAUGGAGGGCUGACAAAAGCUCUGCGUUCUUCCAGACUCGCAAGGCGGUCGGUACACAGCCAUGCCCUAGCAGCAGAAGCAAACCGGGCCACCAACGCACUCGUCUCACUCAAAUUCCCCGACUCACCGCCCGCGGAGAAGGGGCCUCUAAGUGGUCUCAGGAUCGCAGUCAAGGAUAACAUCGUUACUAGAGACUUUCCAACUACAUGCUCAUCCAACGUUCUCAAAAACUUUGUCUCGCCGUUUGACGCGACUGUUGUGCAUCGGAUACGCGAGAAUGGAGGACAGAUUAUUGGGAAAGCCAAUUGUGACGAGUUUGGAAUGGGGUCCUUGAACACCUACACCAUCCAUGGACCCGUGAUCAACCCCUUCCCACUAAGCAAGGUCGGCCUCAACAACGACAAGCGAUCCGCUGGUGGUAGCUCAGGUGGAAGCGCAGCAGCUGUCGCCGCAGACAUUUGCGACGCCGCUUUAGGAACAGAUACUGGCGGUUCGAUACGCCUUCCAGCAUCUUAUUGCGGAAUUGUAGGCCUCAAACCCUCUUAUGGACUCGUCAGUCGAUGGGGGGUGGUUUCUUAUGCAGAUAGCUUGGAUUGCGUCGGGGUUCUGGCGAGAGAUGUUGAGACUACGUCUUGUGUCUUUGAGAGAAUCUCGGAAUAUGACCCCAACGACCCGACCUCCGCUCUCCCCGAGACUCGCGAAAAGGCAGACGCCCUCUCUUCCCAGCGACUCGACGAACUUUCGUCAGCCUUAGCAGAGGGUAGUCUCCACGGUCUAAGAAUCGGUAUUCCACAGGAAUUCUUCCCUUCAGAACUCUCCAACCAUGUCCUCAACCGAUUCCGACAGUCCGUCCAACUGCUUAAAGAAAGAGGAGCUCAAAUCAUCCCAGUCUCACUCCCCUCCACUUCCUACUCCCUGAGCGCAUACUACGUCCUCGCCUCAGCAGAAGCCAGCAGUAACAUGGCGCGCUACGACGGAAUCCAAUACGGCGAGCGAAUCCCCACACAAGACCCCUCAGACCUCAAAAAAGUCUCCACAGUCUACGCCCGCACCCGCUCCUCCACAUUCGGGCCCGAAGUCCAGCGGCGCAUCCUCCUAGGCACCUACGCACUCACAGCCGACGCAUUCGACAACUACUUCCUCCAAGCCCAACGCGUCCGGCAGCUGAUUAAGGAUGAUUUCGAUAGGGUGUUUGCGAUGCCCAAUGUGCGGUACGCGCAACCUUCGAAUACACCUGCGCAAGCAAGCCAGAAAGUGGACGUGUUGCUGCAUCCGUCGGCUAUUAGGAGUGCGCCGAGGUUGGAUGAAGUCGAGACGGCUGCCUCGUCAUUGGACGCGUAUGUGCAGGAUGUGUUGACCGUCCCUGCGUCACUGGCUGGCCUCCCGGCUCUGAGCAUCCCGUGUCCACCAUCCUCAUCCGAAACAGAGGAGGUAGAAUGGCCCAUCGGUGUUAGCAUUGUGGGCCAAUGGGGCUCGGACCACUUCGUGUUGGCAGUUGGAAAAUUCCUGGAAUCCGCCGCUUCAGUGUGA